UUCUAAAUUUUAAAGUUGAAACUGACCGCCAAAUUUACGAAGCAGAAGCAGAAUUUCGUAGCUAUCCUACUGUCGAAUUUGCGAACGUAUCUCGUUUUUUCCAUCGAAAGACCAAGUAUUAAUUGUUAUUUCCUUCUAAUCAGUAUAAUUUUCUCGAUUUUCUCGAUCAGAAUUCAACUUCUGAGCAAUAAAAAUAGCAUAUUUGGAAUCAGGAUCAAAAACUGAGUCGACUAAUGUGUAUUUCUAUUCUAUCUGACUACUUUAUUUUUUUCGAAUUUUCACGUUGAAAAACUACCAAGAUUUUUACCGAAAGCUGAAAAUCAACUAAAAAUUUUGAAAUACACAUUAGUCGACUCAGUUUUUGAUCCCAAUUCCAAAAUGUGGUAUUUUUAUUGCUCAAAAGUUGAGUUCAAAUGGUGAAAAUUGAGAAUUACUGGCAGAAUUCCGUUCGACUUUUUUCCUCUGAUUUAGAAAAAACGGAAUUUUCUCAGCAAUGGAACAAAAUUUGCAAAAAAAGCGUCGCAUACUAUUUUCCCUACAAGUAUACUGAUUAGAAAGAAAUAACAAUUAAUACUUAUACAUAUACGUAUAAUACAAUAUACAUAUGAUACAAUACAUAUACUAAUAACAAUUAAAUAAUAUAUUCGACAGUAGGAUAGCUACGAAAUUCUGCUUUUGCUUCGUAAAUUUGGCGGUCAGUUUCAACUUUAAAAUUUAGAAAUUUAGCUUUUUAUACUCAGUUUUCGACGAAAAAUCAGAAAAAAAUAGUUUAGGAAUUUUAGAAAAACAAUAAAUACGAAAAAUUUGCUUGUUUUCAACAACUUCACGGAUUUUUGUUUAUUUUCAAAAAAUGGAUAUUUUUAAAUGUUUCCAUCAAAAAAUGACUUCUUAAAAUGUGGGAUUGUGUUUUUCCGAUGCAAAUCGAUGAGCUCUAUUCAGCCAUGCCAAAAAAGAGAAAAAUAUAUAUUUCCUACUGUGAUUUUGAAUUACCGGCACCUUGCCUUAGGGUUUUUUCAACUGAUUUUUCUAAUUUUAUUUAUGUUUUUAUUUGUAUAUUUUAGGUGUGAUUUGUGUUAUAUGUUCAUUUCCAUUUUGUUUUAAUUUAUGUGUUCAUUGUUCGCAGGCUGAUUAUUGGUCUCAGUUUAUUUACUAUGCUUCAUUCAUUAUUAUAUUUCAAUUUGGAUGGGCAUGUUCACAAAUCGCUCAUUUAGCAAUGAUUAAUGAAUUAACACAUGUUGAUGGGGAACGAGUACAACUCAAUUCAUUCAGAUAUGCGUGGACAGUUAUAUCGAAUAUAUUUGUUUACGCUUGUACAUGGCUGUUGUUAGGAAUGAAUACAAAUGGAGCUCAAACAAAUAAUAUAACAAGAGAAGAUGCACCCGUAUUCCGAAAUUUGACCUAUAUUGUUUUGGGUUUUGGUUUAUCAUGUUCGAUAUUUUUCCAUAUUGCAUCACGUGAACGUCCAAGAGAAGCAAAUUGGGAAUUAUCACGAUCACUUUCAUCCACUCAAUCACUCGUCGUUAAAAUGUCAUGGAAAGAUUUUUUAAAAGAACGACAAUUUUAUCAAGUUACAUUCAUUUGGAUGUGUACUAGAGUUGUUUUGAAUACAUCUCAAGUGUAUUUACCAUUAUAUAUUAUCGAUACAAUUGCCACACUAAGCAGGGUAUCUACAAGUUUUUGCAAAAUAAUUUACUUAUCAAGCAUCUUUUUGAAGGAAUAAACCAAGUAUUGAGUGGUCCAGUGAAAAUGGGCCACUUUUUGUUUUCGAUUUUUCUCAGCCAUGUUUCAUCCGUUUGACUUCAUUCAUAUACCACAAGAUGUGUCUUGAAAGUCCUCUACAAAAAUCGUAUUGAGCGUUUUACUAAAAAAAUAAAAGUAGACGGAUAUAUGAAAAACACUGAUGAUAUUUGAAAUAGUCAACUUUCUAAAGUAUUUUGGGCGAAUUCAAACUCUUUCCAAAAUCUUACACAGUUGCCAAGAUACACCAAAAUAAGUUUUCUGAUGUUUGUCAAUGGUGAUCUUUCUCACCGUGUAUGAUGAAUUUCGUCCAAGCCUAAUGUUAUAAUGCAAUGAGUAACCUUAUUGAAAUUCCCUACAUAGCAAGGGAAAUUUCAUCUUUUCACUUGACAUUGAAAGAUGGAGAGUCGUUGGAUUUCUUGUAUUUGGAUAUAAAAGACAUAUCUUUUCACUAUAAAACAAAGAAAAUCCGAACCCAAAAAGAUUUUUUUGUACGGGCGAGAACGAUUUUACACAAUAGUACGAAACUCAUGAGUGAAAAUGAUUAUCGUUCUGAAAACGAGUAACACUAAGAAAUUCUCAUGUAAUCAGUUGCGAGAUACUAACAUAAAAUAUUUUAAAAAGUUGACUAUUUAAAAUAUCAUCAGUGUUUUUCAUAUAUCCGUCCACUUUUAUUUUUUUAGUAAAACGCUCAAUACGAUUUUUGUAGAGGAAUUUCAAGACGCAUCUUGUGGUAUAUGAAUGAAGUCAAACGGAUGAAACAUGGCUGAGAAAAAUCGAAAACAAAAAGUGACCCAUUUUCACUGAAUCACCCGAUAUUUUAUGUUAAUAGGGUAGUUUAUACAAGCUAUACUACUGUUAUACAACGUUCUUAAUUAUGAUUAACAAUUCUCUAGUGCAAUCUCGACUUUUUUAAUCACGAUUAACAAGGACCUAUAGAUAUCUAGUGUCCUGGUAAAAGCAGGUCAUUCCUGAGUAAAAUGAGUCUUGUAACGUUGUUGAAUAUGGUUAGAAAGAUAAAAGUGGUCAGUCGUUGCAAAGAGAAAACGAUUAACCCUUUCAGGACCGGUUUAAUUUUUAUAUCUACAGUGCUAUUGAAAAGUUUAAGACCUCUUUUAUUUUGCAAUAUCUCGGCUUCCCUGACAGAUAGAGACUUCAUCCUUUCGUCAAAAGAAAGCUAUCACUAAGCUCUACCAUAUGUGAAAAUAUCUUUAAGUUUCAACUUAUUUUGGCCGAGUUAGGUAGAAAACAGUAUUUUCCUAAAAAAACGGAAAAAACGCAUCUUCAGUAUUUCGUUUUUCCUAACCAAGAGAUU